CCAUCUACUUGCUGGUUUGGCUUGGGUUCUAAUCAGUUUCAGGAACAAGAGAGGGAAUCAGUCAGAUGCGGUUUUCAUGGUAGUUUUGGUCAAUUUUUUGAACCUCUGUUAAUUUUAGUAAAUAUUUUAAGAUUUCUCAGGUUUUUGUAAAAACUUCUAAAACAGGUGUGUGUCUGCAAUUUUGGCUCUUAUAGUAGUCAGGACUUGUAAGAACCUAGUGUGUUCUAGAUGGAUUCUCUCCCUCCUAUAUUAAGUGUUUUCUCUUAUCUGUGCGUCUGUCAAAUUGGGGUGGCCUCUGAAUUGUUACCUCAAUGACAAGCAAGAAGAUCCCUUUACAUCAAUUCCUCUCCCUCAAAGAAGGGAACCUAAUUCCCUUCUUUUGGUCCCCUUUCUACGCCUCUCUCUAUCCUCUCUCUCUCUCUUUCAAAAUACCGGUCCCUCUCUCCACCUACUCCUCUGUUUUCCUCAAAUUGAUGUGGUUUUUCAGCUGAAUUUCUAUGGCAUAUCAUUCCUGAUUUCUCUUUAGCUUGGUUUUUGUCAUUCGAAAGACUUUGAGCAAGAGAAUGGGUAUGAGCAUUUAAGAAGAACUACCUCAUGGUAUAAUUUAUUCUUUUUCUCAUUUGAGAAGGGGAAAACAUUUCAGUGAAAACUUGCAGGUAGAGAACCAACAUCUCCAUUGUAGUGCAAGUAAGUAGCAUUAAAAAGAGAAGUAGCAUAUACUACCCAUCUUGUCCUUCAGUAUGGAGGAUAAACCAAUGCCAUCAGCAAAGUUGAUUAACAUAGAUGGAAGCACAGAAUCAAGUAUUGAGACCAGUGAGAAACGUUUGGAUUUCUAUGAUUUUGCAUGCCAGAGAAAAUCCGAUAGCUUCCUCACUCUGACUGUUGAAGAGCAACAUCAUUCUCAAGAUGUAGAGAAACAAAUGUCUUCAUCAAAGUUAAGUUUCCAAUCUUUGAGAACAGCUAAACUGAAGUUUCAAGCCUCACUAAAGAGGCUUGUGAGGAAGGACAUUCAACUAGUUUUUGAAGGGAUUCGCGAUCCACAAGAAGAACAGAAGGUGCGAUCAUUUCGAGAAAUACUUUUAUCAGAGAACCUACUUCCUGAAAAUUUUGAUGAUUAUCAUACCCUUUUGCGUUUUCUACGUGCUAGACGUUUUGAUGCACUUAAAGCAAGAGAUAUAUGGUUGAACAUGUUGAAGUGGCGCAACGAGAAUCAUGUUGAUGCACUGGUUGAGAAUUUUAAAUUCGAGGAGUAUGAGGAGGUAAAGAAGUAUUACCCGCAUGGGUUUCAUGGGGUAGAUAGAAGCGGUAGACCACUAUAUAUUGAAAGGAUGGGGUUGAUAGAUAUGAGUUCUCUGGAGUGUGUAACUACAAUAGAUCGUUACGUAAAAUAUCGCAUCACAGAAUUGGAAAAGACUUUGAGAUUGAGGUUUCCUGCAUGCUCUCUUGCAGCAAAAAGGCACAUAUCAUCUACAACAACGAUCCUGGACGUGUCUGGAGUGAAAAACUUCCUUCAGGGUAUGAAGAACUUCACAAAGACUGCUAAAGAUCUUUUCAUUGAAGUCCAAAAGAUUGGUAGCAACUACUACCCUGAGACUCUUAAUCAACUUUUUAUAAUAAAUGCUGGACCGGGAUUUAAGGUGUUGUGGAAUACCAUAAAAGUUUUCCUGGAUCCCAGGACAGCAGCAAAGAUUAAUGUAUUAGGGAACAAAUAUCACAGUAAGCUGCUUGAAGUGGUUGAUCUUAGUAAUUUGCCAAAAUUUUUGGGUGGAAUUUGUGAAUGUUCUGACUAUGGAGGCUGCUUACUUAAUGAUAAAGGGCCGUGGAAUGAUCCUGAAAUCAUAAAAAUAUUGGAGGCAAUCCUUGAUGGGGCAGGAAGGCUCGAUAGUAAAGCCCUUAGUGAUGCAAUUGCCGAAGAAUCUUCUGUACCUGAAAUUAACCUAGUAAGGCAGGGGACAAAAUUGAAGGACUUCAUGCAGAAUGACCAUCUUUCUGAUACGAGUGAAAGACGCACAACUAGGCCUAGUGGAGCAGCAGUCCAAAUAAGUAGCUUUAAAAAUGACCCAAAUCCACUUUCACAAAUGAAAGACAUUGAUGAACAAAUUUCCAAGAAAAUACUGGCAUUGGAAGCUGGGCUUGACGAAACUGAACUGGAAUUGCGCAACCUUCUUUCAAAACAGGAGCAGCUAGUGAAACUUUUAGAACAGUUGAAGAAACUAAUCACAAAGUCAUUCCUUAACACAAGAAAGAAACUGAUGCCAUGGGGUACGCGACCUAAAGAAAAUGGAUAUAAUGUCAUCAUAUGGUUUUGAAAGAGAUCGCUUCAUACCUAAUGUAAUGCUCUUUAAAGAAAUUUGUAUUUGAAGCGGCAAUCAGCAAUGCAAUUAUAUUUGGACAGAAGAUGUAACUAUGACUCCUUAUGCUUUAAGGAAAUCCACUCAU